AUUUUGUAUGACCGGAUCGAAUUGUAUAAAAAAUUCUUUUUAAUUGUUAUGUGUAUAUAAGUUAAAACUCUUACUAUAAAAGUCAGUGUAACUUGUUCCAUUAUUUAUACAAGCAAGCAAUAAAGAUACCCACACCCACAUAGGAAGAGAAAUUGGAGAUGGAGGAAGAUGGGGAUAAGAAAAUGAAGCAGUCGAAAUUCAAGAAGAUUUGUGUGUUCUGUGGGAGUAGCCCUGGAAAAAAGAAUAUCUAUAAGGAGGCUGCCAUAGAGCUUGGAAGAGAACUAGUAUCAAGAAAUAUAGACCUGGUUUAUGGAGGAGGCAGUAUUGGUUUGAUGGGUUUGGUUUCUCAAGCUGUUUACAACGGUGGUCGUCAUGUUCUUGGAGUGAUUCCCAAGACAUUAAUGCCGAGAGAGAUAACUGGUGAAACAGUAGGAGAGGUGAAGGCAGUUGCAGAUAUGCACCAGAGGAAAGCUGAAAUGGCCAAACAUUCUGAUGCCUUUAUUGCUUUACCUGGUGGCUAUGGAACGCUAGAAGAGCUGCUUGAAGUCAUUGCUUGGGCUUAUCUUGGAAUCCAUGAUAAACCGGUAGGAUUACUGAAUGUGGAUGGUUACUACGACUCCCUCUUGACAUUUAUUGACAAAGCAGUGGAGGAAGAAUUCAUUUGCCCCAACGCCCCUCAAAUUUUUGUAUCAGCUCCUAAUGCCACCGAACUUCUAAAUAAACUCGAGGGGUACUUUCCCAGCCAAGAAAUUGUUACCUCGAGACUUAAUUGGGAAAAUGAGGAGUUAGAUUGUUCCUCCAAAUCCCACAUAUCAUCAAGGUAGUUCUACUGAUUAUAUGCUCCUCCUAUAGAGGAAGCAAAUGGGUGAUGGCUCCCUGUCAUCUCAGAAGACUAGCUUUAGAAAAAUUAGGAAUUUAAGUUACUUGCAGUUGUAUUUUUCUUACAUUUUUUUUUAAAGACAUUCGAAUAUAAUAUUGGCUCGUCAGUAGAAGUUGAGUGUAGCUCAUCCUCUCUAGUGACUUUUUCUUGAUCA